ACGUGUGGGUGUUCCUGCGCUCGCGUGCUGCUGGACAAGGACAUCGGGAGAUGGAAUGACAUUUGUGUAACGCUUGAUAGCUUCACAUUUCGAAACAUUACGUGGGAUAUCAAAGUAAAACACCUGACUUUGAGGAUUAUUGUCUUACUAUCUGGUCAUUGCUAAACAGACUAAUCGCAGUUUCGAUCCAAUUCGCUUCUGACACAGCAGAUUUUUUAUUUGGGAUUGAGAGGGGACCAAGAAGAUAAAGAGCUGGUCCUUCCUUGGGGUUGCUGUGGAAUAAUGCCCCUGGUGAUUGGAGUUACACAUACCCCCUGUUUGUGAAUGGCUGCUUGUAGAGGGGGUGUCGCCUUGUGGGUGGGGUGUGUGAGGAGCCAUGGCAAAAGGCAACCAGUCAAGCAACAGUGCUGGAGUCUUGUUCAGGCGAUGGAUGUGCAGUGGAGUGGACAGAUCCAGUCGCUCAGCAGCACAUCAUGGGCCCUGGUUCCCCCAAACAGUCUGAGGUACCAGAACAUCAAGCAUCUGGCCCUGUCACACCCCUUCCACCAUGCCAGCCAGGGCCAACCCCACAGCCAGAGGCCCCCGGACGAGGACUGGGAAGAGACAGUAAGCCUGUGUGUGCUGGUGCAGCCUGGCCCUGGGGAGUGUGAUGGCCAGCACACCCUGGUGGAGGUGCCUCUAUUUGGGCAGAUUAAACUAGGUGAACUCCUGGCUCCGGGAGGACUCAGUAGGCCCGUGGAGUUCCUCUUCCCCUUGACCACGGUGGACGGGAGCCGAGAGGAUGACAUCAGUGUUGGGACGACUAAGGUUCAGGCGGAAGGUUCCAAGACGAUGAGGAACGAGGGAGAGACAGAAACAGAAAAGAGGGAGAGAGGAUCAUUCCGGAGCCUGUUUGAGACAGAAGGAUGUCCAGCUCCAUUUAUGAAUGGAUCUAGGUUCUACUGCUUCCACUGUCCUGGGAUGGAGCCAUUGCCUGGUUAUAGGAACAAAUCGGGCCAUAUGAUUGGACUAGAGAAGGAGUUGUCACUGUUGCUCCACACCUCUCUGUAUAGUAGUUAUGCAGAAAGAAAGACAGUCGAGGGGGGUCACAGCGACAGAGAGGGGGAGGACGAGGAGAAACUGGCAUUGAUGUAUGAAAAGCUGAGAAUUGAGCUUCCUAGUUUCUUUAUGAAGAGUCAUGACUACACCAUGUACACAAAUGAUAUCGAGUUCGUCAACUGUAUUCUAAAUGCCAAGACCAGGGGCAGAGUUCUGUACCAGCUGAGCCUGUCUCUGUGGAGGCUGCUGUGUCUCUGUUACUAUGCUGAGGCCCAGUUAGAGGUACUGAAACUGACCAAGCACCCAGAGGACAGGACCAUCAAGGCCAGGUGGAGUGUCAGAGGACUGCCCUUCCUCUCUCUGCUGCUGAGAUUCUACCGCAAGGACAAAACUGACCUCUACAGGUCAUAUGAUGCGUUCUCUACCUUCUACCUUGGCCAUGAUGGACUCAUACAUUGUCACAAAGUGGAAAAAGUGAUGAAAGCCCAGCCGCCAAUUCUGCCCGGGGUGACCACUCUGUUAGCGGGAGCCCUCGUGUCCCUGGGGGUCCAGGAGCACCGGCCAGCCCUCAACCUCAUGCCCCCCUUGCUCUCGUCCCGCCGAGACUGAUAGAGAUGGAGGAACGAGCAUGUGUGUACCAUGAGAAGUAACGGGGAGAGGGGGAAACAGGCAAUCAGUGUUGAAAAAAAAAAAAACUUUUCCCUCUUCACCCGUACAAUGCCUGCUCUGAAAAUAAAUAUAAAAAAAUAACGAUCCAAAACUGUUCCCUCACAGCAAUAGAAUAGCAGCUACUACUUUAGUUGAAUGCAAUCCAGGACAUCAGUUUAUCCAGUAAGUCGAGUCGAUACCUUGAGUCAGUUCCUUGUUAACGCACAAACGAUUGCACAGCGCUUGUGAUGUUGAACCACCUUCUGGGCCUAUACGCUCACACUACAUAGUCUGCUAAAUGGCAUAAACAUUUUCACUGCAUUACAUGAAGACUACUGCUUUUUAAAGCAUUGUUUAAAAACAAUUCAUGCCGGAUUAAUAUUUAAGUUCAAGUUAAAUGGAUUCAUUAAUGAAAUCAGUCUGUGCCUGGGAACUGGGCACACAUGUCACUGGUGAACGUGUUGAUGUAACAGUUGGCACACAGCCCAAGGAACCCCGUAUUGAGGCAAGACCACAUAUAUAACCAGUUGGCCUAACAGACUCUAUGAUCUCAUUGAAUAGGUUGCUUUGUGCCAUAUGAAUGCAUGAUGUCCGUCUGUCCCUGUAUGAACUUCAUGUCAAGCUCAUUGAGACAACCCCAUCCUACCCUGGUUAAACUGUGGUCCUUCCGUGUUGAUUGCCAACUGGCUGCGAGGGACCUGACCUCAGCACAGUUGCAUGACAGGACUCUGGAUUCAGGUUUCUAAGAAUGUGAAUGUCAGUUCGGUACUGACACUAUUUUCUGAUGGAAAACAAGUGGCAUCUGAACACUUGAUUGGAAUGACAGUUUACUUUCAGUUGAAUGGUUAAAUAGAAAAGGAAUAAUUGUAGAAUAGAGUAUCUGUACAUGUCAAUGCAACCGUCUUCCAUCAUUGUUACAGUAUGCUUCACUCAACAUGUGUUCUCAAACUAGGUGACAGCAUGCCACGUUAGCUCUAGCACUACCAUUAAUACUCUUAACAUUUACUUGAAGGGGCAUACAUAAACCCUGUUGAAUGAUACUUGUAAAGGUGUUAUGGCCCCUUUCAAGUAGUGUUACGACUUCAGAAAAAAAAAAAGAUUUAAUUCAAUCGUUAUCUAGUGCAGUGUUGCUACUUUAGGAUUUAACCCACAGCUGGUGUGAAAGCUGUCUGAAUAAAACAACCCACUGGUGUA